GGGGCCUGAGCGGCCCCAGCUGCGGCACCCACAGGGCUCCCGUCUCUGCCUCAGGACAAGUCCACCUUCUUCACCCGGGACCCCACCCGCUCCCCAAAGAUGGAGAUGACCAAGGGGGAACACGAGCUGGCCUUCAUGGGGGCUCCCCAGCACUCAGGGCCCGUGAUGUACACCGUGGUCGAUGUCCCGACUGACACCGUGGUGCGUGACCACGUCGUCUGGUCCCUGUUCAGCACCCUCUUCCUCAACCCCUUCUGCCUGGGCUUCGUGGCGUUCGCCUACUCCGUGAAGUCUAGGGACCGGAAGAUGGUGGGAGACAUGGUUGGGGCCCAGAGGUUUGCCUCCACUGCCAAGUGCCUCAACAUCUGUACGCUGAUCCUUGCCUUCCUUGCGUUGGUCAGUUUCCUCGUUUUCUAUAUCGUUGAAUCUACUUCGAGCAUUUCCCGGCAAUACUGA